AUGUCCCAACCUUGUGCUAUAGAAAAUUGUAAACGUGCAUCGCGCGCUUUAUGUCAUUGUUGUCAUCAAAACCUUUGUCGAGAUCAUUUAAAUCAACAUGAUGAUAUGUUAAAUGCUAAACUAAUCCCGUUUACAGACGAAAUCAAUCAAUUGGAUGAUCGACUUAGACAUAUUGAUGUCAAAUAUAUUCUUGAACAUACUCAUGAACAGUUAGAUCAAUGGCGUCGUGAAUCUUAUAGAAAGAUAGAUGAAUAUAUUGAUGAUAGAAAACGUAAACUUACUGAAAAUAUUAAUUUCCAAAUACACAAUGCAUCUGACGGAAUAACUCGUUUAAAAGCAAUAAUAAGUCAACUUAUUGAAAAACAAGAUACUACUGUUGACGAUCUUAAUGCUAUAUCAAGAAAUAUACAAUCUAUUCGACAAGAAAUCACUCAAGUAGAAUAUAAAAUGAUAGAUCUUAAUAUAAGUCCAUUAGAAAUAGAUCAUCGACUAAUACGACUAGGAGAGGAAUAUGUUAAACAUGAUUUUAAUCUAUCUACUUUAAUGCCUCCAUUUCAUAUAAUUAAUCGUUCACCAGAGAGUCAUAAACCUGUUACUACUAAUAAUAAAGUUUUAUUAAUGCAUCUUCAAAAUCAAUUAUGUUUAUUUAAUCAAGAGCUUCAAUUCAUAAAAGGUAUACCUUGGAAUUAUGCAUGGAUAUGGGAUAUGUGUUGGUCAUCAACACUAUCACGUUUUUUCAUCAUAACACGCAAUGAAAUAUUUAUAUUAGAUGAAAAUACCAUGACACUUGAAUGUUUACAAAAGGAAGAUAACUAUUCAUUAUGUGCAUGUACAUGUUCAGAUAUAUCAUUUUAUGUCGCAACAAAUGAGCAAAGUUCAAGUAUAUGUGAAUUUAGUUUAUUACCAACUAUAAAAUUAAUUCGUCGAUGGCAACCCACAGAUUUAUGUCAAACAAAUGAAAUGAUUCAAGAUAUGAUGUUUAAUAGAGGAACAUUAGCUUUUAUUAUUGAAAAUCAAACAAGUCAGAAAAAACGUAUGGAACUUCGAUUUGCACAAACAUUUGAACAAAUAUGGUGUAUACAAUUUGAUUUAAUUGAUCCUUUACAUAAUGUAUUUCGUUUAUGUUCAUUUAAUUAUAAUGAAUGGUUGGUUAUUGAUUGGAAAUCAUCACAUAUUUUUUACGUAACAAAAGAUGGAGAACUUAAAUCAACAUAUAUAUAUGAUCAAGUACCAUAUCGUUGUUGUCAAUUUGGAUCAAAUAUAUUGGUUAUAUCAGCUAAAAAUAGUGUUAACUUUCAUAAAAUAUCAAAUCUAAAUGAAUAA